UUCCCUGGAUGUCAACUGAGUUACUAAGGUAACUCUGCAUGGCAGUAGACAGACCUUGGUAGAACUCCAAGGCUCCUAGAGACACUCAUCUCUCCCCCUCCCUUUUUUUUUUUUUUUUUGGUGUGUGUCCUCCCUGAACAUUCAAAACUGUUUCUCCAAAGGGUUUUGCAAAAACUCAGACUGUUUUCCAAAGCAGAAGCACUGGAGUCCCCAGCAGAAGCGAUGGGCAGUGUGCGAACCAACCGCUAUAGCAUUGUCUCUUCAGAAGAAGACGGCAUGAAGCUGGCCACCAUGGCAGUUGCAAAUGGCUUUGGGAACGGGAAGAGUAAAGUCCACACUCGACAGCAGUGUCGGAGCCGCUUUGUGAAGAAAGAUGGCCACUGUAACGUUCAGUUCAUCAACGUGGGUGAGAAGGGACAACGAUACCUCGCAGACAUCUUUACAACAUGUGUGGACAUUCGCUGGCGGUGGAUGCUGGUUAUCUUCUGCCUGGCUUUUGUUCUUUCGUGGCUGUUUUUUGGCUGUGUGUUUUGGUUGAUAGCUCUGCUCCAUGGAGAUCUGGAUGCAUCCAAAGAGAGCAAAGCUUGUGUGUCUGAGGUUAACAGCUUCACGGCCGCUUUCCUUUUCUCCAUUGAGACACAGACAACCAUAGGCUAUGGCUUCAGGUGUGUCACGGACGAAUGCCCAAUUGCGGUGUUCAUGGUGGUGUUCCAGUCAAUCGUGGGCUGCAUUAUCGAUGCCUUUAUCAUUGGUGCAGUCAUGGCGAAGAUGGCAAAGCCCAAGAAGAGAAACGAGACUCUUGUCUUCAGUCACAAUGCUGUCAUUGCCAUGAGAGAUGGCAAGCUGUGUUUGAUGUGGCGAGUGGGCAAUCUUCGGAAAAGCCACUUGGUGGAAGCUCACGUUCGAGCACAGCUCCUCAAAUCCAGAAUUACUUCUGAAGGGGAGUAUAUCCCCCUGGAUCAAAUAGACAUCAAUGUUGGGUUUGACAGUGGCAUUGACCGUAUAUUUCUGGUGUCCCCAAUCACUAUAGUCCAUGAAAUAGAUGAAGACAGUCCUUUAUAUGAUUUGAGUAAACAGGACAUUGACAAUGCAGACUUUGAAAUUGUGGUAAUACUGGAGGGCAUGGUGGAAGCUACAGCCAUGACCACACAGUGCCGUAGCUCUUACCUAGCGAACGAAAUCCUUUGGGGCCACCGCUAUGAGCCUGUACUCUUUGAAGAGAAGCACUACUAUAAAGUGGACUAUUCCAGGUUCCACAAAACUUAUGAAGUACCCAACACCCCACUUUGUAGUGCCAGAGACUUAGCAGAAAAGAAAUACAUCCUCUCUAAUGCUAAUUCAUUUUGCUAUGAAAAUGAAGUUGCCCUCACAAGCAAAGAGGAAGAUGACAGUGAAAACGGAGUUCCAGAAAGCACUAGUACAGACACGCCCCCUGACAUAGACCUUCACAACCAGGCAAGUGUACCUCUCGAGCCCAGGCCCUUACGGCGAGAGUCGGAGAUAUGACUGGUUCCUUCUCUGGAAUGUUCACUUGACAACACAGUCUGUUGGUCAGAGGCCCAAAACAGUUCUACAGACGACGGUACUGGUGAAGAGGUGGGGUCAGAGCAAGCGGCCACAAGGAAACUGAGGCAAGCACAAUGGUUUCAAAGGAAGACUGUAAGCGCGAUGGUUAGAGUAAAGCACUAAUCAUGCCUCUGCGUGACCCGAUGGCACAUAUAUGUUGUAGAAUAAGUUAUGGAUUUUUAUGUUUUGUUUUAUGUUUUUACAAAACUUGAACUUGCAGGCAAGCCUUGGUUGGGUAUUUGACUUAUCCAGAAUGCUUCUCUUUAGGGAACAAGAAUGUUUUUAAUGGCAUAACAAAGGCAAGACUCUGCCUUA